GAGAUCUUUGACGAAAGCUACAAGACAAGAACGAUAGAGCAAAUACUCUAUUUGAGNCCCUAACAGAAGAUUAAAAUGUUGUCAACCUUCUAUUUACUUGUUACUGUGGCUCAAAUUAUAUCGGGUUCUGCAGACAAUGCUAAAAUCGCUCACGGUAAGCAAGAUGAUGUCUUUCUGACCAGCACUGGUGAUGUGGACGAGUAUGGUGAUGAGAUAUACGACAGACAAUAUAACAUUGAUAUGAUGAAACCAAAGAAAUAUUGUCUUUCUUCUUGUUCCAAUAAUUAUGAAAGUAGAGAAAUUGGAAAAAGAGGAUUUGGUGAAAAAAGAGGCUUUGGCGAAAAAAGAAGAUCCUUGGAAAAACAGCGCAUUUACAAGGCUUUCCACCCUGUAACAGGAAAGCCGCAUUUGAAUUCUGUUGUGGAAAACUCUGAAGUGGUCGUAGUUCAUCCUCAGCACGAUAUAUUUCCACUUCCUGAUCGAAGUCUGAAACAUGAUUUUUUUGUCCACUACUGGUUUCCUCAUUUCCUGUCCAAGCUAGCAGAUGAUUCUCUAGCUAGACAUAUCAAAAAACGUGGGUUUGGAGACAAAAAGUAAGACCAGAAAUGACAUAGCCAGCAUCUUCCUUUCAAAGUUAUAGACCAUGAGUGUAAACUUCCAAUAAAUCAUUUAUCUCAAAAAUAAAAAAAAGUAUUUUGACGGUCAUUGAUUUGUACCCGAAAAUUUGUAGAGUAAAAUACGAUAAUAAAAUACAG